AUUGUUAUUUUCAUAACACUUAUUUAAACACACCCCCAACCAAGCAUAUACUUUGCAAAACAAAAUAUAUUGCUAGACAAUGUCCACAUCAGUAACGCCUAUGCGCUAUAGCUCGGAGGGCAAAGUGACCCACCGCAGUGUGUCUGCAAGAAAGACCCAGUCGACGCGUCGCACCAGCGAAGAAAUCGAGUAUGCCAGCCAGAAACAGAUCAAAAACACGUACAUAAAUCGAAUGCGUAUAUUCAUGGCCCCCUAUUUUGCCGAGUUCCUCGGCACAGCCGUGUUUGUGCUCAUGGGUUGUGGUGCCAACCUAACCUACACCGUAAUGACGACCAACGCGCAAUCCGCCUGGUUGGGCAAUGCCUUCGGCUGGGGCUUUGGCCUAAUGCUCGGUAUUUUUGUCGCUGGCGGUGUCUCCGGCGCCAUGCUCAAUCCGGCAGUGACCAUUGCGUUUGCCGGAUAUCGCGGCUUGCCCUGGAUCCAAGUGCCCUUUUAUAUUCUGGCUGAGUUUGUUGGAGCUUUUGUUGGUGCAUUGCUUGCAUAUGCAUGCUUUGCGCAUUCACUGGACCCCUUUGACGGCUAUCAUCGCCAGAUUGGUGGCCCGUUCGGGUCUGCUGGUGCGUUUGGAAACUUUGCCCGCCCGUUUAUUGGAAACGGUGCGGCAUUCUUGUCCGAGGCUGUUGGCACUGGUCUAUUAGUUAUUGGUAUCCUCGCUAUUACUGAUAUGAAUAACUUCCCUGCUCGCUCGUCAACCCCGCUUGCCAUCGGGUUCCUGCUCACUGGCCUGGCUCUCAGCAUCGGAUACCCUACGGGAUACUCGUAUAACCCGGCGCGUGAUCUGGGACCUCGCUGCGCGGCCGCCAUUUGGUAUGGCGCCGGUGUUUUUACCUACCAUGGAUCAUACACAUGGGUGCCCGUCGCCGCUCCAUUUGCUGGAUCUAUCGUCGGCGCCACCGUGUACGAGCUGCUCAUUGUGUCCAAGAGAGCAUUAUGUUGCAAGCGAGCAUAG